GUAACAAAGUCACCUACAUCUUGGAUACCCUGGAGGAAAUUUGGAGCUUUCAUGUCACCAUUGCCUCUGAGCCUGAUAUGACCAUGGACUGGGAUUUCUGCCUCUUUUUGUACCUGUUUUGUGCAUUUCACUCAGUGCUGACAUUCAACAUCGAUCCUGUGACUUGGAAGUACUUUACAAGAAACAAUGAUGUUGGCUUUGGCUAUAGAGUGAUACAGACAGAUACAUCUAGUUUACUUGUGAGUGAUCCUUUAGUACAAUACAGCAAUAACACAAGAGGACAAGUUUAUAGCUGUGCCAUUUCACAGGAAACUUGCCUGCCGGUGGCAAUUAAUGUGCCUUCUGAAGCUGUUAACAUGUCUCUUGGACUUUCUAUGACUAAGGAUCCACAAUCUUCUAAUUCAGUGGUUUGUGGUCCAACCAUUCCUAAGCAGUGCAAAGUGCUUACUACCCUCAAUGGUAUGUGCUUUAUCAUGAGUGGAAACGAUGCAGUGAGUGCACCUAUACCAAGUGCUUUGAGAAACUGCCCUCCAGAAAUAGACAUUGCUUUUCUAAUAGAUGGCUCUGCGAGUGUAGAAGAUGUAGAUUUUGUUAAAAUGAAAACUUUUGUCAUAACAAUAAUCCAGAGUUUUUCCAACUGCAGUUCUCAGUUUGCCAUUGCACAGUUUUCCACUGGUUUUGAAAUUCACUCCAAGUUUGAAGCAGUCAAUGACAUUGAUUCAUGGAGGACAAGAAUAGGAGAGAUUAAACAGCAAAAAGGAUGGACCUACAGUGCAAAUGCUAUAAAUAAAACUGUGGAUGAGCUCUUUGUAAGUGAAGGAGGGGCGAGGCAAUCAGCAAUUAAAAUCCUAAUUGUUAUUACUGAUGGUAGCUCAACUGAUGAACCGCAUCUCAGAGGUGCUGUUGAAAAGGCAGAAAAGAAGAAUAUUAUACGAUUUGCUAUUGGUAUCGGUGAAGCUUUUGAUGAUGCAGAUACAAAGCAGCAGUUACAAGUUAUUGCAUCUGCUCCUGUUGCUAAGCAUGUGUUUAAUGUGACUGACUUUGACGCAUUGGACAGCAUCCGUGAACAACUGGAAGAAAACAUUGCUAUUGAAGGUGUCCAGUCCACUGGUGAUUCUGCCACAAUGGAGUUUGCUCAGGAUGGAUUUACUGCAGUGUUUACAUCCAAUGAAAGUCUGAUCAUGAGUUCUGUGGGAGCUUUCCAGGGGAAGGGUGGAUAUCAGGAACACUAUCGAGAUGGCCGUUCAUCAGACUUCCAAGUGGGAAGUGAGCAAGAUAGUUACUUUGGUUAUUCAAUGACAAUAGCAACACGGUCUAAAAAAAAGCUUGUGAUUUUGGGAGCACCAAGAUACAGGCAUAAAGGACAAGUGAGGAUUUCAAUAAUUGGAAAUAAUGCAACCAACCUGCUGAUGGAUUCACCCAAGCCUCAGAUUGGAUCGUACUUUGGAGCCGAGGUCUGUGUGGUUGAUCUGAACUCUGACGCAAAAACAGAUCUUCUAUUAAUAUCUGCACCAACCUACGUAGACUCUCAUUCUGAAGGCAGAGUUUUUGUGUACUUUUAUUCUCGGCAGCCAUACUUCACUUUUUCUGUGGCACUGGUGGGAAUGGCAGGUCACAGGGGUCGAUUUGGCUCUUCCCUGGCCAGUCCAGCAGAUCUGAAUGGUGAUGGUUUCAGGGAUGUGCUGAUUGGAGCUCCUUUAGAGGAGGACAGACAGGGCAGCAUCUACAUAUUCAAUGGAGGAGUAGAUCAAAUAAAUCCCACAUAUUCACAGAGAAUUGCUGGAUCAUCUGUACGCUCAGGUUUACAGUUUUUUGGACAAGCUCUGAGUCAGUCCUCCUUAGAUCACAGUGGAGACAGUCUACCAGACAUUGCUGUUGGAUCAAAAGGAGCAGUUUUGCUUCUUAGAUCUAGACCCAUAGUGUUUGUGGAUGUGAAAGUAACCUACAGUCCAUCUAAAAUCUCAACCAGUCAAACAAACUGCACCAAGCCACUGGAAAACACCUUGACAGUAUGCUUCAACAUGAGCGGAUACAAACAUGCUAUAACAGAUUUGGCUGCAAAUAUUAGCUAUACGUUAAAGCUGGAUGCCAAGCGAUAUAACCACAGAGCAUACUUUUUGCCCAAAAAUCGUGUCCUCAGUGAUGCUUUAAAUGUUACACUAGAGGAAGUGUGUAAAGACCAUCCAUUCUUCAUAGAGGCUUGCACAGAGGAUCAUCUUAACCCACUGCAUAAUGAAUUAAUGAUUACUUUUGAGGGUCUGCCCUCCCAAAGCCUGGAGAACUUACAGCCUGUUCUCUUACCAUGGAUAAAGAACACUACAUUGUGGAUGUUAGAUUAUGAGAUGAACUGUGGAUCAGACAAUCUUUGUGUUGACAACCUCAAAAUGGACUUCAGCUUUGGAUCUGCUAACAUAGAGGUUGGGAUCAUGCAGGAGAUCAAUGUGACGGUGUUUGUAGAAAACAAAGGAGAAAACUCAUACAACACUCAGUUCACCCUCAACUACCCCUUUGGAUUUUCCUACAGAAGAAUUAUGCCUCGAGUGGGCAGAGUGAAUUGCGAUUCCGUGGAUCACAUGCAAGGAAUUUUAUUAGGGGUGACCAUCUGUCAGGUCAACAAACCUCUAUUCGCAGGAAACGCUUCUGCCGUAUUUGAUAUUAUUUACAGUAUUAAUAAAGAAAGUAAUUUUGACCAAAAGGUGACAUUCAGUGCAUCUCUUACCAGUGGCAAUACGAAUCACUCUGAAAACAGUGAACUGUUGAAAAUGAGAAACAUCAGUGUAAAACAUGCUAUCAGUGUUGCCUUGCUGAGACAUACAGAUUCCAGCAUUUACAUCAAUUUCACCAGUGGGAAGAAUACUCUUGAAAAACCAGUGAAACAGAUACUGGAGGUGAAGAAUGAAUUUAGGGAGCUAAAUGUAACCGUUUUCAUUAGAGUACCUGUAAAACUGGGAGAUGAAUACAUCUGGACUAAUAAAAACUUACAGAUUCCAGAUUGCUUCAGGGAAAGAGAUGAGCAGCCCACCUCCACCAAUUUUCUGAAAGUGCUCAAAAAGAAAAAUGUCUUGAAUUGCUCUGUGACGGUGUGUGCAGUCUUCAGGUGUGAUGUGAAUCUAAUGAGAAAUGAAAGGAAGUUCUAUAAUAUCUCCAGCAAUGUGAGCUCUAGAUGGAUUGAGCAGAUUGGGCCUAUGUCUGCAUCUUUUCAGUUGGUCAGUACAGCAUCUCUGGAUUAUGAUGAGGACGAAUAUAUUUACUUCUCCGAUUCCCUCAGCUCUGUGCCAGUUUGUGAGGUAAUCACUCAGGUGGAGGUCUAUGAGGAACCCAGCAUCCUAAAGGAGGUCAUUGGAGGAGUUAUUGGAGGACUGCUGAUCAUGUCACUCAUCACAGCUGCCCUCUAUAAGACUGGCUUUUUCAAAAGAAAGGCCAAGCAACAGAGGAAGGAUCCAGCACAAGAAGAUGCUGAAGUGGAAAAUCUAAAUGAAAAUUAAUGCAGAAUUGAUUAAAUACUUUUAUUGUAAUUUUUAACGUCUAGUUCUUUCAUCAACAUUAAUAGAUGUUCAUAAAACAAUUCACUACAGAAUAUGUUUUGGUUAAAAAAAAAAAAAAAAAAACUAUGGUCCACCAAACAUUACACACAGAAAAAUAGGGCACUAUAUCAUGGCCACAAAUUAAGAAUUUAUUUCCUUUUAGUAAAUCAUGGCCACUUAAUUUGUUUCCUCAUUUUGAGUAAAUGAUUUUGAUUAAAUCAAAAUGAGGGAACCAAUUAGUACAAGGUUGCCACUAUUUACUAAAACCAGGGAUCAAGUUAUUAAGUUGUGGAAAUGCAUUCUUAAUUUGUGGCCAAGAUUAAAAAAUAUUUUGAUCUGUACGUCAUGUGUGGGGCUCUGUAGUAUUUAAUUACAGAGCAUAUACUGUACAAAAUUCAUAAAAACUCUUUGUGUCCUUGUCUUACCUUGAUUCACAUAGGUAAGCUUAUAAUGGUUUACAAUUUGAGCUGUUGGGUCCAGUUUUACAGGAACUAGCCAUCUAGCUGGCUGCUUUUGAUCCAUCUAAACAAUUAUCAUUGACCUCUUGGGAAUCACCCAUUGUCAAAACACAGACACCUCAAACUGCAGAGAGGUAUCGAAACACCAUCUGAGCCACAACAGCAGAUUAGGGGUUUCUUAUUUCAUUCUGUGCACAUUUUUGGAUCUUUUUUUUUUUUUUUUUACUGUCUAAUUUUGCUUGAUAUGAUCACUGUUAACAGUAGAGAUUUCAAAGCAUUAGAUUCAAUUAAAGUUAAAUAACCAGUCUGGAAGGGACAUGUAAUUUUGCAAUGUGAUCUCAUGAAAAUUCGUAUGUAUUUUAAAUAAAAUGUGGUUCUACAAA